AGCGAGCAUAUUCUGUCGAGACGUGGAUAAGUAUAUUUCUUGAAAGUCUUCUUGUACCGCGAGUAAAGUGCAUUUCUGAUAUCAGUCCUCCCCCAAUGGUUGAUCAGUACAUAUAAUCAAUUUUGCAAAUUAACUGGAUCUCUUCGAAUUUUGAAUCUUAUCUGGCUUUUCGAAUAAUCGUCGUCACGUCCUGGGGGAUCUCUUAUCGUUACUGUGCAUGGCGCGAGAAAAAACUUGGCUGCUUAAAAAUCAUGGAACUACAUUCUCGACGUUCCAAUCCACCUUCUAUAGAUCGAGUAGUUUAGAGGAGUUAGGAGAAAAAUUUGGAAAAUGGUCCAGCAUCUGUUUAUUGGUCCACUUAUUCAUUUUAAUAAUGAAGGGGAGCUGCGUGUCGUAGAGAAUGCUGAAAUAUUAGUGGAGGAUGGAAAGAUAACGAGGGUUGUUGAAAAUCAGAGAUCUAAAGACGUUGCAAUGGAACAUGUGACUCGGUUAGAAAACGGACAAUUUUUUGUUCCUGGAUUUGUAGAUUGUCAUAUUCAUGCUGCACAGAUACCAAACCUAGGAAUUGGCUAUGAUAAGCCCUUAUUAGAUUGGUUAGAACAUUAUACAUUUCCGUUAGAAAAAAAGUUUCAGGAUCAAAACUUUGCUAGACGUGUUUACGAAGCUGUCGUGAAGCGAACGAUAUCUGUGGGAACAACAACUGCUUGCUACUUUGCUUCUCUUUAUGGAGAAUCCUCCAAGAUUCUUGGACAGAAAGCAGCACAGUAUGGACAGAGAGCAUUCAUCGGUAAAGUUAAUAUGAACAAUCCCCAUGAAAAUGGUUAUUUUGAAAGUACAACGGAAUCAGUGUCGAAAACUCUGGAGUUUAUACAAGCCAUUAAUGAAAUAGGGAGCUCUUUGGUAAAGCCUAUCAUAACACCUAGAUUUGUUUUAAGCUGUGACAUGGAACUUAUGACGAUGUUAGGGAACGUAGCUAGAGAAAUGGAUCUUCAUGUACAGACUCAUAUUGCUGAAAAUUUAGAAGAAGUGAAAAUAGUUUCAGAGACAUUUAAACAACAUUCAUCGUAUGCUGCCAUUUAUCAUGCUGCAGGUCUUCUGACCAAAAAGACAUUACUAGCUCAUGGAAUUUAUCUCAGCGAUGAAGAACUUAUUUUGCUGAAAAAUCAAGGCACAUCUAUUGUACAUUGUCCAUCGUCGAAUACAUGUCUGAAAAGUGGGCUUUGUGAUGUACAAAGAUUAAAAAGGUUUAACAUUAAAAUUGGUCUAGGAACAGAUGUGUCUGGAGGGCAUAGUGCAUGUAUGUUAGAAGUUAUGAGAGCUGCAAUCCAAGUUUCUUGUCACCUCGCAUUAUUAACGACGAAUUAUCAACCAUUGAACUAUAAAGACGUAUUUUAUUUAGCUACACUUGGUGGUGCAACAGCUCUUACUUUAGACGACAAAAUAGGAAAUUUAGUUCCUGGAAAAGAUUUUGAUGCUCUAGUUGUAGACCUUAAUGUUCAUGAUGGGCCAUUAGAUAAUUUAUGCGAAUACACAUUAGAAGAAAAGUUACAACGAUUCAUUCAUUCAGGAGAUGAUCGUAAUAUAGUUGAAGUUUAUAUCGCAGGGCAACGUGUCAAAUAA